AUGGCCCUGUACAGGUCGCUUCGGUUGCGCGUCAACAUGCGGGUACGCACGGCACCAAACGCUACUCGAGCCAGCGAGCUGCAGCAUUUCGCCAACUUUCUGCUACGUAUCGGUGAAGGACGGCACGAUACGUUUGCAGGGCUGGACCGUUCGUUCGCGAAGCUACCGCUGGACAUGGUAGUGCCCCGUUCGGGGAAUUCGGCACACGCCAUCAACGCCCUGAUCGCGAAGAUCUACCCGGACAUCGCACGGUACUAUCGGGACCCAGCCUUCUUUUCGGAUCGCGCGAUUUUGUCGCCGCUGAACGUUGAUGUGACCAGCGUGAACAACGUGGUACUAGACCGAAUACCUGAGCCUGAACAGGAGUAUCGUUCGGUCGAUACGUUGGUCAACCCGGAGGAACACGAACAUCUGCAGCUUCCUUCGGAGUACCGGUUGCGGCUGAAGCGAUUUGCGCCGGUCCUUUUAUUGCGCAACCUCAAUUCCGAUAUGGGGUUGUGUAAUGGUACGCGUCUCCAGAUUGUGGACCUAAAACGAAACUGUUUGCGAGCCAAAAUACUGACGGGCAAGCGGCGAGGUGAGGACGUGCUGCUGCCUCGCAUCUACUGUGACAGCAACGAUAAAGGGCACCCGUUCCAGAUCCGCCGUAAACAGUGUCCGGUGCAACUGUGCUUUGCGAUGACCAACAACAAGCCGCAAGGGCAAUCACUGCACCAUUUGGGUCUCUAUCUGCCGCAGGAUGUUUUCGCCCAUGGCCAGCUGUACGUCGCGCUAUCGCGUGUAACAUCACGGGCGAACAUAGCUGUGCUGAUCCCGAACCCGGAACGUGCCGACAAGGAAGGUGUCUCCACGAAAAAUAUUGUGUACCGUGAGGUCGUCGACAGUUGA